CUCAGUCUUCGUGAAUGGUGGAGUGUGUCGCACUGACUGCUGUAGGGCUUCUGUGGCACAGAAUAGUGACGGGGAAAAUGUUGAAAACUUGUACCUGGAGUUGAGUAAAGUGUGCAAGGGAAGAGACAUGGGCUGGAUUUUACACAAUAUAGGGCCUUUCUUGUGGUUUGGGCUGGCGCUGAUCCCCGUCGGACGGCUAGCGUUAGCAGCCUCCUUUUAUGGUGAUGGGUACGUGGAACUCAAAACUGUGGAAUCCUCAAACCGAACAUCACUUCAUUUCAGAUUUCGCACCUCCAAACCAAAUGGCCUUCUGUUCUUAGCUGCUGGAAAUCAUGACUACUGCCUUGCUGAACUGAAGUCUGGUCACUUACAGGUAAAAAUCAAUCUAGGAUCGGGUGAACGCAUUUUAUACUCAGACAAAGCCAAUCCUCUGAAUGAUCUGGCUUGGCACACAGUCGAACUUCAACAUGAUAACAACAAUGUGAUACUUACGGCUGACAAGCAUUUUACAUCUUCUGUUAAAAUGCCAGGAAAACGAUAUGAGCUCAAUAUUGAUGAUGGCCUGUACGUUGGUGGCACAGGAGGCCUAGCAAAAUCAUACCUUAUCAAUGAACCUUCCAACUUUCGUGGCUGUAUUGAUGACCUUUUAUUUAACCAGCAUAACAUUUUGUCUUCAUUAAGGUCUUAUUAUGGAUUUAAAAAUGUCUAUGAGGUAUCAUUAGGCUGCAGCCCACAGUUUUUUGCUAAUGAAGAGGACCCAAUCAGUUUCUUUAGCUCUAAAGCAUUUGUCUCCUUUCCACUUUGGAAUACACAAGAAGAAGGAAUAUUUGAGUCAGUAAUUCAUACAUCAUCUGACCAAGGCCUGCUCUUAUACAGCUCUGGGCAAAAAGAAGACUUUGUGGCAAUGGAGAUUCGAAGUGGAAUAGUUACUGCAGUAAUAGGAAAAGGUGGAAACAAGUAUGAGCUGUCCUCCAAAUUUCCAGUUAAUGAUAGAAAGUGGCACUAUGUUAAACUUCGGCUCACUUCUAAACACCUUCAGUUGACAUUGGAUCAAGAAACAGAGAAACGUGUGCUAGAGUCUCGAGGCAAGAACCUUAUUUUAAGAGCCCCACUUUAUGUGGGGGGAAUUGAGGAUAGCAUGCGUGCUGAGGUUGGAAAGCUGGGAUUGACUUCCAUCUUGGGAAGGAGCUACAGAGGUGCUUCUUUUAAAGGUUGUAUAAAAGAUAUCAAAAUUAACUCUGAAAGAAUUGGACUUAACAAUGCAACAGUUACUAAAGAUAUAUCUGUGGGUUGUGAACCUGAGAAGGAGCCAGAGCCUCUCACAGAAGUAGUUCCUACAAUAGUCAACUUAUCUCCAACAAUUGCAGGAAUUGUUACCACCACUAAACAGCCAGAAAAGAAACGCAACCAAAAUUUUGUUGUGCUCAGAACUCUAGUUGUAGCUGAAGGUGGUCGUGGCUCUCUUGAAUCAAAGAAUAUUAAACUCAAUCUUGAGUUUAAAGCACUGGGUUUACGUCAGUCACAGAUCCUGUUUAAGAUUGAAGAGCAACCGGUACAUGGACAGCUGAGGCUAGAUGUGGAUCAGGAGCAAGAGGAAAACACCUUCACAAUGUUAGAUCUAUGGCAUGGCCGAGUGAUGUACAUUCAUGGUGGAUCAGAGGAUCCUCUUGACUAUUUUACAUUCUCUGUGUUUACUAACAGCAAGAAAGAAGUUCCAUCAUAUCUAAAAGGAGAUAAGAGGUACAGAUUUAACAUCACAGUUACACCUACAAAUGAUGCUCCCGAGCUUACUCUCCCUGAAGGAAACCUCUUUGUGGUCUUGGAAAACUCAAAGAAGCGUCUUACGAGUGAUGUGCUAAAAGCUGUGGAUGUAGACAGUAACUCGACAAGCCUUAUUUUUUCGCUUCUAGGAAACUUGAAUUCUGAAGCUGGUUUUCUGGAGAACUCUGAGAAUCCGAGUAAAGCCAUUACAACUUUCUGGCAAACUGACUUGGAAGAAGGAAAGAUAUACUAUGUUCAUACUGGAGUGCGGACUUCCAGAAUUGUGCUGAGAGUCAGUGAUGGUGAAAAAAUUAGUAACACUGUAGUACUGAGAGUUAUGGCAAUACCACUUGAUUAUAAAUUUGCUAAUAAUACAGGAAUAGAAGUGAUACAAGGAGGCACAGCCUUGAUCAAUAACAGUCAUUUAGCAAUUCAAACCAAUGUAGUUAGACAAGAGAUAGAAAUUCGUUUUGAUAUUACUGAGACCCCCUUGUAUGGUGAAGUGCAAAGAUGGCACCCAAGUGGUGAAUGGAAAGUGACUAACAUGUUUUCCCAGCGCACACUUGAACGUGAAAGAGUGAGAUAUGUCAGCACUUUCCGUGGACAGCAGCGAAGUGAUGUUUCAGAUCAGUUUAAGUGUAAAGUUAGUAUUGGAGGCUUGGCAAAUGAUGAGGUUUUGUUUACAAUUAAAGUAAAAUGGGUUCAGUAUAAACUCCUAAAGAACAAAGCUCUAGAGAUUGACAAAGUAAAGAGAAUGGUGGUUAGUCAGAACAACUUGAACGCCAUUUUGAAGGGUUCAAAACUAGCAGAACAUGAUUUGUUUUACAGAGUGCUGACCUUACCCCAAAAAGGAAGGAUUUUGCUAAACAAUGAAACUGUAAAAGAAAAGUCUGUCUUCAGUCAGAAAAAUGUCACAGAUAAGAAAGUAGAGUAUGAGCUUAUUGACAGGCCAAAAAAUGACUCGGAAGACAUUUUUAGUUUUCAGUUGUUUUCCAAGUAUGCAGAUUCGGCUGUUUACAAAUUCAAAAUUGUGAUCAAAGCAGAUAUGAACAGCAUUAUUUUGAGUAAUAAUGGUUUGACUUUAGUGGAAGGAGAAAGUAAGCUUAUUACAAAGAGUGAACUGUUUUCUGAAACUUUAAACUCAAAAGCUAUAAAGUACAAAGUCACAAGUGGCCCUAAACACGGGAAUUUAAAGCGUAUUAACCUGUCUGACUCCUCUUCUAGCAAUAACAAUAUUAAUGAUUUCACCAAUCAAGAUAUUCUAGAUGAGCGCAUUAUUUAUGUGCAUGAUGACUCUGAAAGUACUCAUGAUGAGUUUAUUUUUAUUGCAUCCAUCAUCAACUUCACUGAAACAGAAGUUCUAGAAGUGGAAAAUGCAGAGCUAGAGGGCACAUUCAGCAUUUCCAUUGAGUUGAAGAAUGACGAAAAGCCAGUCCGUGUUGUUGAUAAAGUGUUCCAAGUGGUCAGGAAUGGCCAGAGGCUUUUAACUACAGAUGACCUAUGCUACCACGAUGCAGACUCUGAUUUUAAUGAUGGUCAGCUUCUCUACACUCGCCGAGGAAUCCCUAAUGGUGACCUUAUCCUUGUCAACAAUGCUUCCCAGAAGCUCUACCAGUUUCGUCAAGAAGAUCUGGAGGAGAAACGGGUCUUGUUUGAACACCGUGGAGCAGACUACAGUCGGUUUGUAUUGUUUGUUACUGAUGGAAAACAUUACACAUCUUCUCUAUUGGAAGUCAGUGCCCAGGAACCCUUUUUGAAAGUUAGCAACAACACGGGUUUAUUGGUUCAAAAGGGAAAGGAGGCAAAUUUUAGCUCAGCAAACUUUAGCACUGUGACGAACUUAGAUAUACGACACAAUAGGGAGAUCACUUAUGAAGUGUUUGCUUUGCCGAAAUUUGGUAGACUUUACUUAAAUGGCCUUCCUGUGAAAUCCUUUACUCACGAUGAUUUGGAAAAAGGCCACUUAGUCUACCACCACGAUAACAGCAACAACCUUGUGGAUAAAUUAAAUUUUACCGUGAAGGCUAAAGAUGCAAGUCUGGAUGCUAGUAUUCAUGUCCGAGUGUAUCUGGAGAGCCACCAGCGACCACCGAAAGUUGUGCACAACAGUAGCCUCCUGGUUGAAGAGGGGAAGCCGGUGAAGAUCAGUAAAAGAAAACUUGAGGUAGUGCAUGAAGAUAGCUUGCCAUCAGAAAUCGUCUUCACCAUUAAAACUCCACCACGUUAUGGUUACAUUCGAAGCUUUGCAGAAGGCAAAGAGCAUUACUUGGGAACCGAACAAACACCAAUUACGAGCUUUACUCAGCAAGACAUUAAUGAUGGAAAUAUUCAGUAUGUUCAGGUUGCUGCAAAUCAGUUGACAGAUGGUUUUAUGCUGGAUGUCACCAAUGAGAUUAUAGAAAUCAAAGGAAUCCUGAUCUCCAUAGACAUCAUACCUCAUGUCAUUCCUGUGCAAGUGCUGAACUUCACAAUAAAUGAAGGUUCUUCCAAAGCACUAACGGAAGACAUCAUAAAAGUUACUAACAAACAUUUUGCAGGUUUGAACUUUGAAUAUUAUGUCCUGGACACACCAAAACAUGGCUACAUUGAAAACUCUCGCUUCCCUGGGAUCAAGCUGAGCCUCUUCACAAGAAAGCAGGUUGAAAAUGAAUUUAUUUAUUAUGUCCAUGAUAACAGUGAAUCCAUAUACGACAAUUUCACUAUCAUUGCUAAUGAUACAGACCUCCGAAAGCAGAGCCAGCCAUCAACUAUGCAUGUGAACAUUAUUCCAGUGAAUGAUGAAGCUCCAGCCAUUACAACAAACAAAAUACUAAGGGUGUGGGUGGACUCGGUUACAGAGAUAACUAGUGACGAUCUGAAUGCAGAGGACAAGGACUCCUCACCAGCAGGUCUAGAGUUCAUAAUCACCCCGCCUAGUAAUGGCCACCUCGCCCUCAAGAGCGCUACAAACAGAAGGAUCCUCAACUUUACACAGGAGCACAUCAACCAGGGACAGCUAGUCUUUGUGCACAAUGGCGCCAUGUCUGGGGGAUUUAACUUUCAGGUCAAUGAUGGUAUUAACUUCGCUCCAAGACAGAUAUUUAGCAUCACUGCCAGAACUCUUGUUAUCAAUAUGGAAUCAAAUACACCUCUCAGAGUUUUCCCAGGGUCUCGCACAACCAUUUCUGCAGAUAACUUGCGAGCAGUUACAAAUGAUAUGGCAGGAAACCGCACCAUAUCUUACACCAUUGUUAGUUCACCCAAACUGGGGAGGCUAAUUCGAGUGGAUCCUAAUAACACGAUAGUAGAGAUUUCCACAUUCACACAAGCCAUGGUUGAUGAAGGGUUAAUUGGAUAUGAACAGAACAACCAGGACUCCAUAGGAUGGAGUCUACAGGACUCAUUCCUCUUCAAGGUGUCUUCUUCUCCUGCUAUUCUUGAAACUCAAAUAUUUAAUAUCACUGUCUCCUAUGACAACACAAGUCCAGAACGUCGCAGUCAGCUUCUACAAAACAGCGGAGCGGUGGUAACAGAAGGCGACAAAGUCCACAUUGACAAAAGUAAACUGGAUGCCUCAAACCUCUUGGUGAAACUCCCCGAGACACAGCGACAUGCCUAUGAAAUCUGGUACGGAGUCACUUCCUUACCUCGGCAUGGCGUCAUCGUUGUUGGAGAACGCAAUCUCACCAAAGAAAAACCCAAUUUUUCUCAGUUCAUCCUUAACAAGUAUGGAAUUACCUACUUCCACGAUAACUCCGAGUCCAAAGAAGACAGCUUCACUUUUGAGGUGUGGCUUAACCUAAAGAGUAAGACAGCAAUCAGACCUCAGGAUGACGGUGAUGUGGUAGAAGAAAUUUUCAAUAUUACUAUAAUUCCUAUCAAUGACCAGCCACCAGAACUCAAAACAAAGGCUCCAAGACUCAGUGUUGUCCAGGGUGGUAAAGAAGCAAUUGGCCCUCAACAUUUAAAUGUCAUUGAUAAGGACAAUUCUCCAGAAGAGCUCAUAUAUACCAUCAUUAGCAAGCCAAAUAAUGGUCAUCUUGCGAUGGACAUUGCAACAAAUGAUUCCAUCUUAACUUUCACUCAGGCAGAUAUUAACAGCGGCAAAAUAUGGUUUGUUCAAGAUGGGAGUCCAUCCGCUGGGGUGUUUUACUUUAGUGUUACGGAUGGCAAACACCGGCCUCUUUAUAAACUCUUCAACUUGGAUGUAAUUCCUAUUACAGUCUUCCUUUCAAAUAACACUGGCCUUUCUCUUGAGCAGGGUCAGUCCUUUGUACUUGUCAGCAGUGAUCAGUUAGCUGCAGAAACCAAUGGAAGAAGUACUGCCAUUGAGUAUCUGGUCACUAGACCUCCUCAGUUUGGUCAGCUCUUAAUUGAUAAUAGUCCAGUUCUUCUGUUUGGUCAACGGGAUAUCAACCAAGGUCGGCUGUCUUAUCAUUUUACCGACUCUACUGCCUCGGAAGAUUCCUUUGAAUUUGCAGUCUUCACUGCUGAGAGUAACCUGACAGACCAGGUUGUUAAUGUGACAGUUAAGCCGUUAAUUAUAAUGAGAUCUGACCUGAAAUUUCUAAAUGAAUUUGCAUCAAAACUGGAGCUGGAGAUGCUGAAUGCCACUGAGCUGGCCAGGCUGAGCAGCAGUGAUCCUCAGUUUGAAAUAUCUGUACCACCGUAUUAUAGCAAAAUUUUGAAAUCUCCAAAGGCUAGAGGCACAAUGGAGGCUGUAAACUCGUUUACUCUUCAAGAACUUAAUGUGGGAGCUGUGCUACUGAAAAGCAGUGCAAAUAUGACAGGCCACGAUGUUCUCAAUGACUCAUUUACAUUUGUUCUGCGUGCAAAUAAUGUUCAACCUGCAGUUGGGGAAUUUGUCUAUGCUAUUAUACCAUAUGACCCAUCUUUGGUCCCAUUGUACAGUACCUUAAAACCCCCUUUAACCACCCUGACCUUAGGUAAUAACCAGAGUAUCACACAGGUGUCACUCUUUCCUACAACAACAGAACCUAAAAUAGUAACUCAAAAAUCGGUCAAGCCAGUCCAGAAGUGGAAAGGGAAAAACAGAUGGGGGGACCAAGACAGAAACUCUGUCCCUGAAGUAACUGGGACAGAAUCGGCCAUAAGACCAUGGGAGAGUACUACCAAGAUAACGGCUGUCAGGGCAGAGACUGAGGCCAGCAAAGCCACCAACCCACUUUUCAUUAUUCUUCCUGUACUAGCUUGCCUUCUUCUUACCGUUAUUCUUGUUGUGCUAAUUUUGGUUUCUCGUCACAAAAAAGAAAAACAGAGGCCACUGAUCCAGAACCAUCCUAACAACACUGGUACAGCUCCCAGUAGUCCAAGCCUUUGUGCAGUGGAAAGAAGUUUAACAGUUCCAUCUGUCACUGUGACACCACUGCAGAACAGUGCCACAUCCAGCCCAGUGAUGUUGGGUCCUCGUGGGACGAACAUCCUGGCCAGUGGCAGCCCUCCUGACACCUCCCUCCGUCUGUGUACUUGGAACAAUCUCGACCCGGAGACAGUAAAGCAUUGCAGGACCACAAAUCCCACCCUGCGGCCAAACCAGUACUGGGUUUAGUUAUGAACUUGUCUCUUUUGCCUAAUCAGUUGGUUUUCCAUCACUUCGGGGCACCUUACCAGUUAUAUAGCAGUUCCAGUGAAGGAAACGGUCUUUUUUUAAUGCACUGAUUACUUUGUGGGCAGUUUCUGUCUUGCUAUCUGUGUGGACUUUUUCUUUUACAUGUCCUCACAGUCCAAAAUGGCAGCUUUGUAAGUGAACCCUGCUCUCCAAGUCCUGCCUUCAUCUGCCUCGGGGUAAACUACACUCUUUGUUUGUAAAUUAAUUUAUUAUAUGACUGAUGGCCAUCAUUUUUGUCACAGAACGUUUUCACUGAAAAAAACUGAGCCUGGUAAAAAAAAAAAUAUAUAUAUAUAUUUGUAAAGCCUCAGAUACGUAAACUAAAUCUGUACUUGUUUUGAAUUAGGUGCUUUGCAGCAACCACUUGUCAGUCAUAAGCUUUUCUUUGUCAACACAGCAGUCUGAAUGUGUUACUGUCAGCAGACUAGUUGUGCAAAGUUUCACUGGAACACUGAAAUGUUUUUAGAAUUUUCGAUGUACUUCCUGAGAGUGGGUCAUGCCUGUGUUGAAAGAGAGCUGAAGUAUCAUUUAGUUAACACAGAAUGAUAUAAUUGUGGUAAAGGCAUGCCAGCAGAAAGUUUUUUCUUUGAGUUCCCUUUCUCCUGAUGAAAAAGUAGACCACCAAAAGUGUUACAAUGUGCACUAAGCGAGAUGAGAAACGUCUUCAAACUGGCACCAGAGAUAUGUGGGCACAGCACCUCCUUGUCCUUUAUUACACCACUAUAGAGGUAAACAGGUAAAGUGAGUUGUGCGAUAAGAGCAGCUCUGUGACAGAGGCUUAUAUUAGGCUGUAGAGGUCAUCUUGAACCACAGAAUGGUGCUUGAAUGGUAUGUGCUGUAUGUUAAAGUGCUAGAACUGGGCUUUGACAGUUACAGCACAAAGUAAGUAGCUGUUUGAAGAUGUGAGUGGAUAACUCUUGGAGUCAUUCAGAAUUCUGACCUACUGUAUGUUGGUAAAAAUGAAAUCAAAUGUGUUUUUAGUUUACUGACACUUUAUUACUUUGUCUUUUACAGGCACCAUUUCUAAAACAUGUGUGACCUAACGCUUCUUUCACUGCCAGUCUCUGCGGAGGGGCCUAUCCAGAGGUCCUUAUCAGUCUCUGUUUGUUUGGUCUCUGAGCUGUAGAACUGUUCUUUACUCCGUUCUUAUCACUGUAGCUCUCAGGUUAAUUUGCUCUCUCAACAGAAAAAAAAACAAAAACAUUUUCAAGGGCUUACCUUUGGAUUACAUGACUAAUCUCUUUGUUUGUCAUAUGCCUAACCCAAUAUGACUGGAUUGGUAUACACAAAAAUGAACCGUGCACCCUGUGAUAUGCCAUUUGUGACACUGUUGAGCACCACAUCCGGCAGAUUUACUCUUCUACAUUAUGACUAAUACCAUGUCUAGGUCGUGCUCCUGCUUUACAAGAGUGUCACUGGGAUAAGAUAUGGAAUUAGAUGAGACGUCAGGAGAUGGAUUGAUGGAUAUUUUUAUUGUUAAAAAAGUGGGAAUACAGUAUGUAUGGAUUUAAUGAUUCAGACAUUUCAGAUUGAUGCCAGCCUCCAAACGGUGUUCAUUCUGAGAAUGGACUGAACUGUAAGCCAUUCAUAGCGCAGUCCACACUUUGAGUAGAGCUCCAGCCUGUUUGCUGUGUGAUUUCUUCUGGCAUGCAUCCCAAUGGCUUAAACACUAGCACUCCUGAUUUGUAGUUUACCUUUUCCAACUAGCACACUGACAGUAGGUUAAUAUUUAAUUUCAUACUCCAUUUUAUAAAAAUGACUUGACUGUCAGCUUUAAGUGAUGGACAGCAUAACGGUGCAGUGGUAGCACCGCAUCCUCAAAACUUGGAGACCAGGGUUCAUGUCCCAGAUGCUUCCUCCGUGGAGUUUGCAUGCUCUCCCUGUGUCUGCGUGGAAUGUUCCCAAAGACAUGCAGGUUAAGUGCUAUAUUGUCCCGAGCAUGUGUGUGUGUUCAGUCUGUGACGGAAUGACACCCUGUCCGGGUAUUCUUCCAGCCUUGUGCCUAAAGCUUUAAAUGACAAGAAAACACAUUUAGGUUACAGAACAGUGCAGUCUGCUCAUCGUACAUGACGGCAUGACACAUUAUUGUGCUGCAAGGUAUUCUUGCUUGAAUCAUUGGAAAGCUAAUAAAAUUGAACCAUUACAUAAGUUCAAAAGUGCAAAAUUGUAUGCAGAACUUAAUUUUUUAACCCUGUUAUCAAUUUUUUCUAAUUAAAUUCUGCGCCCCCUUCUUUCUACAUUACUUAGCUGGAGGUAGGAGAAAUCAGGAGGACAGUCUUGCAGUCAGGUAGCAGCUUUUACAUAACCCAGUUACAAACUGGGCAGGAGUGCUGGUGGAAAUGGGUUGACAUUCCCCUAAUGCAGAGUUGUCAGAAUAAGAUCCUGGAGGGUCCAAUUAUUGCAGCUAAUUGUAAUUAACUUGCUUUUUAAGAUUCAGAAACUUCAGUUGUUAUUUCCCCUUAAAUCUGUGGAAGGCUCACAGAUGAUACUUUAGGUUUAAUACAAUACAAUACAAUUUAUUUUUGUAUAGCCCAAAAUCACACAGGAAGUGCCGCAAUGGGCUUUAACCGGCACUGCCUCUUGACAGCCCCCCAGCCUUGACUCUCUAUGAAGACAAGGAAAAACUCCCAAAAAAAAAACCUUGUAGUUUAACAAAUCUGACUGUCAUUUGUGUAUUUCCAAGCAUAGCGUAUCGCAUAAAGCUACACAACAUCUGUAAAUGCAGCAUGUUUGGACAAACCGCAUAUAGCAUAAACGUUUUAAGGCCAAUGCUGGUAUGUGUGUUUAUAGUCGUGGUACUGCAUUCAUUUUCAUUGCACAGAUCCACAUGUAAGCAUGUGUGCCAUUUCCUCCCAUCUUCAUCACUUAGCAAACUUUAGAUAUUUUUGGUAUUUAUUUUUGGUCAGUAGUUCUUACACAUAGCCAAGCAAAGCAAAUGUUAAACUAAUUCUCAGUUCCCACAGACAGCAGGAUGUGCUGCUACUGUUAGUUUUCCUUUAACCAGCACGUAUAUUGUAAGAUUGACACAACAUGGCAGAAAGUGCUAACAGGCCAGAAAAUGUACUUUUGAUCAGCAGGGAUGGCUUCUAAUUAAUCAGCCCAGAAGGA